CAAAGCAUAGCUUGCAGUUGCACCAGAUUUUACCCUCAAACAAAAUCAAAACACUAAGCAGAAGGAGCACUACACUGAGCGAACUGAAACAGAUGGUGUCAAUUAUUCGCCACCGCCACUGCCACCGCAUAGCUACCCUCACUCACCACUUACGCCACUUCUCAGCCACCCCGAAACCCCCGCUCCUCUACACCGCCAACACGACCGGCGACACCGCCACCCUGCAGGUCCUCUCGUGGGGCAGAGGCGCCUCCGGCCAACUCGGCGGCGGCGUGGAGGAGACCCGCCUCUACCCCUCUCCGGUGGCCAACCUGGCCGUCCCCAAAUCCUCCUUCGCCCUCGCCCAAACCCCUGGCCGCCUCCCGAGCCCACCGAAGCAGGAGCGGGCCCUCGAAGUGGGCCUCUCGUGUGGGCUUUUCCACUCUUCCCUCGUCGCCGAUGGGGCCCUCUGGAUUUGGGGCAAAGGCGAUGGUGGACGAUUGGGCUUUGGCCACGAGAACCCCUUGUUCGUUCCCACCUUGAACCCUCACCUCGAUAACCUUCGCUCCGUUGCCCUCGGUGGCUUGCAUUCCGUUGCACUCACGUCAAACGGCGAGGUCUUUACGUGGGGUUACGGGGGUUUUGGUGCACUUGGACACUCAGUAUAUCAUAGAGAGCUAUUUCCUAGGUUGGUAAAAGGAUCCUGGGAGGGAACUAUAAAGCACAUUGCUACCAGUGGAACACAUACUGCCGCGAUCACAGAAUCAGGGGAGCUUUAUAUAUGGGGUCGAGAUGAAGGGGAUGGUCGAUUGGGCCUUGGUCCUGGUCGGGGCCCUGAUCAUGCAGGUGGACUUAGUAUCCCUUCCAAAGUAAAAGAAUUACCUUACCCUAUUGCUGCUGUUUCCUGUGGGGGGUUUUUCACAAUGGCAUUGACAGAGGAUGGUCAAUUAUGGAACUGGGGAGCCAAUUCUAACUAUGAACUUGGGAGAGGUGAUAAGAUUGGUGGUUGGAAACCAAGACCAGUACCCAGCCUUGAGAAUGUUAAAAUAAUUCAAAUAGCAAGUGGUGGAUAUCACUCCCUUGCAUUAUCUGAUGAUGGCAAAGUGCUCUCAUGGGGCCAUGGUAGACAAGGUCAGUUGGGCCAUGGAUCUGUCGAGAAUCAGAAGAUACCAGCAGUAGUUGAGGCUUUAGCUCAUGAGCAUAUUGUAUAUAUUUCUUGUGGGGGUUCCUCGUCAGCUGCUGUGACGGAUAAUGGGAAGUUGUACAUGUGGGGAAAUGCUAAUGAUUCUCAGUUGGGAGUUCCUGGGCUACCACCGGUUCAACCAUGCCCUAUUGAGGUCAAUUUCUUAAUGGAAGAUGAUGGAUUAGGACCCCACAACGUUUUAUCAAUUGCAAUUGGUGCAUCACAUGCCAUGUGUUUAGCUUUAAGGGAAACUAGUUGAUUAUAUCAGCAGACGCGGAAAUUUCUUCUUUGACAGUAAUGUUCUACUGGCAUGGAUAUUGUUGAUUUUGAUAAGGCAAAUUUCAUAGUUGAAAAUGAUGUCAUACAAUGAAUAUAUGGUGAUUACAGAUGAUCGUUUCAAUGGAUUCAGAUCUCAUCAUCAGUGCUGCGGGCAAUGUUUCUGCCUCCCCAUUCGAAUUUGAAGUAGCAAAACACAAUAGUCUUAGCAUUUUGAAGUACUGAGUGGCCAAUGUUUAAAAUAGUUUCAUCUUUUUCUAUUCAUUGUGGUUAGGGCAUGAGAACAUGAUUGAAUCAAUAUUCUGAUUUGAACUGCGUUGUCAUUAGAUAACCAUCUCCUAAAGAAUUCAAUUUUCAAUUUUGACAAAUUUAUAUAUAUACUCAUAUAAAGAUGAUUCUUUAA